AAUCUUCUCCCGUCGUCUGUCACUUUUUGGCUCGUAUCAACUCCUACACGGACCAGAUCACCUAUGGCGAGGUGCUAUAAUACGAUUCGGCCAUAAAACAACUAACCCGUCAAAUCACCAACCUUCCCGGUAACGAUAUCUUUCGUCUUACGCUUGAUAUCUUCUUUCGACGCGAUCUCUUAGUCCUCCAUCGUCGUCAUGCACUGGGCCUCCAUGCGCCUGUUCUGUAUCCAACCUCCUACUGGUCAUCUCUCGAAUGCAGCCUAGCAAUGAGUAUGCACCACCGCAACCUUUACGAAGCGUCGAACCAGCCACCAAACAUUGACCUAGUAGGCCGGCCCUACAUGUUAGACUUCUUCGCAGCUGCUCUGACGGUGUGCAUCCAUCUUCUACGCAGCGAUGCGCCGUUGGACACGACUUUGGCACCCGAGGGCACAAUACCGGCUCGUCAAACCAUUCUGAGCACCUUGACGAACUGUCUAGACAUCUUCUCCAAGGAGCAAAACAAGUCUUUGUGCUUCCGCACAGGACACCGCCUCCUGAUGGCAGUGUUCGCGUUGAUACCUAAGGAACAAAGAGAUCGCAUCAUGCACCAAACUGAUGUAGAUUUUGGGACUAUAGCUCGCAUACCUGUCGACGAGACAGCUUUGAUACGAUGA